AUGACGUUAGGAGAUCGAAGUAGUGCCUCAAGAAAUCGUUAUAUUAUCAGUGUUUCUACUGAGCGUAGUUUCAUCAAUUUUAUGCAAUUUCUGAAGUCGAUCAAUAUUGCCACAAGUUUCAUUUUUCAUUUUCUUCAUUCUCUUAACGCAACAAUUAGUGGAUCUUUCAGAGAGGCUGAAUUCGCGACAGAUACGGAGAUAAUCAAUAAACUGCUCAACCAAGGUUACGAUUGGCGGGUUCGCCCACCGGGUACCAAUCUCAGUUUACCUGGUAGUCACGGUCCUGUGGUUGUCUCAGUUAACAUGCUGAUAAGAAGUAUCUCAAAAAUCGAUGAUGUGAACAUGGAGUACAGCGUACAGAUGACAUUUCGAGAGACUUGGGUCGAUGGUCGGUUGGCGUAUGGAUUACCUCGUGACAAUAAACCCGAUUUCUUGAUCCUGACAGCCGGCCAGCAAAUAUGGAUGCCUGACUCAUUCUUUCAGCGUCAGAAUAUCACUCGUAUUAUCGUGUCCAAUGCACUUGCAGAAUACAAGUGGAAGAGUAACGAUCCAGUACAGCUCAAGGAUGGUCUCAAUUCAUCAUUGCCCAGUUUUCAGCUGAAUAACGUCAGAACAACAUAUUGCACCAGCACCACAAACACUGGCAGCUAUUCAUGCUUAAGGACCGUUCUCGAACUUCGUCGACAAUUCAGCUACUACCUUCUACAGUUGUACAUACCAAGUACGAUGCUUGUUAUUGUAUCGUGGGUCUCAUUUUGGCUUGACCGAACCGCGGUUCCGGCCCGAGUUACGCUCGGCGUUACAACACUUCUAACUAUGACCACUCAGGCUUCUGGCAUUAAUGCUAAACUACCACCGGUGUCUUAUACUAAAGCAAUUGAUAUUUGGAUUGGAGGUACCAUAUUGAUCAAAUUUUUGGUUUUAUUUCAGAGUCAUAAAUUACCAUCUUAUUUAUUUUUACCAUGUCUAUUCUUUAUAUUCGGCGCACUAUUGGAGUUCGCAUGGGUAACGUAUGUUUCAUCUCGAGCGUUCUUCAAGGGUAACAAGGAGAGUAAGAAGAAAUCAAACGUUAUCCUGUCCUCGCAGCCACUUCAAACACAUCUGCUUAUUGCUAAUACCAAUGCUCUCGACUGCGACCAAGAGGAGCCGUGGUUACGGUUCGGAACGCAUAGCUCAACGAGGUUAUUGGAUCGAAUGGAAUGCGGUGAAGUUUGGGUGAAGCAGCACAAUUCGUCCGAAGAUCGAGGAGAAGUGAUCGUUUUGAAUGGAGGUACCACAAGGCGGCAACCUCACAGGCCUGCACUUCAACUUGUAUCAACGAUAAACGCAUUGAUAAGAUGGCUCAGAAAUAAAUUCGAUAUUGAUGAUCGUGCAAAGCGUGCUGAUUACAUAUCGAGUAAGACUAUCUAUUUUUACGUUCACAAUUUUGAAACACAAUUUUUUUUUUAA